UACGUAAUACAAUUAAUUCAUUUAUUCUUCUUGUUCUUACUGUCACUCUUCUUCCUCUUACAACUUACAACACCCAUUUUCAACUCCACCUUCCAAAAGUCGCACACCGUCCUCUAUGUCGGAAUACUGGAAAUCGACACCCAAGUACUGGUGUAAACAUUGCAGUACUUAUGUACGCGACACCAAACUCGAGCGGCAAAAUCACGAAGCCACCGCGAAACACCAAGGCGCAUUGAAGCGCUUCCUACGAGACCUCCAUCGCAACCACGAACAAGAACAACGAGAGAAGGAACGUGCUAAGCGAGAAAUAGAACGACUAAACGGCGUUGUCAGUAGCACAUCAUCCAACCAUGCCGCAAGCAAUAGCGUUGCUUCCUCUAGCGGGAGGACACCAGGGCCAUCGCAAGCCCAGGCUACCAGCGCUCAGCGGCAACAGCAAUGGGAACAAUUGGCACAGAUGGGUAUCGAUGUUCCGACGGAACUAAGAGGGGAUAUGGCUAUGACAGGUGAAUGGACUGUUACCAACUCGAGAGUUAUCGACGAUACACCGAAGACAGAUACCAAAUCCGGAAACGUAGAUGCGAUCGCGUCCGGUGUUCGAAAGCGCCCGAAAGGUGAGACGGAAGAAAAAGAGGAAGAAGACGCGAUUAAGGGAUUAUUCAAGAAACCAAGGAGAUGGGGUCGCGAUUCUAAAGAAGCCCCAGAGGACGAUGCAGAGCUAGAUGCCCUGCUCAGCGGAACCUUGUCCAAGUUACCCAAGACCGAAGAGAAACAUGAAAGCCCCCUCAAGAAAGAAGAUUCGCCGCCCGUCAAGGAAGAGGACUCCACAAUAAAUAUUAAGAAAGAGGACGCUGAUGAGAGUCAAGCUUUGCCAGAUAUCAAACCGGCAGCUACAGAAGAAGCCAAGGAUAUUCCGAUCAAACAGGAAGGAAAUGUGGAUGGCAAGGGGCCUGCAGUUGUUUUCAAGAAGCGGAAGCCUAAGAAUAUCCGGCAGAGAUGAGCGAACCAGAUUUUACAGCACCCUCAAUUCUCUACCCCAACAGCUAUACCUGUGCCUCUGUUGGCGACGUAGAUGCCACCUGACUACCCAUUCCUACACAGACAGUGGGAUUCUUGCCUUCCUUGCCUUAGCACAUGGUCUUGCCCACUUAGUUUCUAGGAAAUGGAACUGAGCAAUCUCAUCACCAAUAUACAAUUAGCAAGGACGGAGGUGAUCUCUUUGUGGAGGUAUAGAUCCGAAUAGCACGCAAAUGGGGGGGGGGGUUCGGUCUCAAGCCACCUUCCUACGCUUUACUCGUCUUGGACAAAUAUUGGCCU